GAAAUAAAAAAUGUUAGUUAAGUGAGAAAUUAACUCAGGCCAAUGUCAUUCUUCCCUUUCAUUUUUUACUACCAAAAUAAAAACGCAGGUAAAAGUGAGGCUUCGAAGAGCUCCGCCGCAAGGGCGAACAAACAAAUUACACUUUCGUCUCUCUCCCCCCUUUGAUUCACUGAUACACAACUUACUUCAAAUUUAGAAAAAACUUACUUCAAAAAAUGGCAAAUGCUCUUGUAAACAGAGCAGCUACAGUGAAUCAGCCCACGAAUUUCUUCAGAUCCUCUUUCAGUUUCCUGAGAAAUCUGAGCACUGCAACCCCUCCUACUACUACUACUAAGGAUCCUUCAUCUGCUGAUGGACCUAAAAAGCCCAAAAGGAAGAAGAAGAAGAAUCUUUUUGAGGUGGCUCAGUUUUUGCCUAAUUGGGGACUCGGUUAUCACAUGGCCAAAACUCAUUGGACCGGUGUCUCCUAUGAAAUCACUAAAAUCAAUCUUUAUAAGGAUGGUAGACACGGUAAGGCUUGGGGACUUGCUUAUAGAGAUGGUUUACCAAUUGCUGACGCACCCAAGAAAAUAAGUGGCGUACAUAAGAGGUGCUGGAAGUACAUUGCAAAUUUGAAGAAAGCCGAAGGAAGUCUUGAUCAAAUAAAGCAAACUGAAGAAAGUACCCCUAGUCCUGAUGUUCAAGCUGCUUGAAGCUAUCCUCAACUGUUUUAACAUUGGAAUCUUUCAAUAUCAUUACAACUUUGUUUUGUGGUGCGAUAAUGCCAAUGAAGUAGAGCAUCCAAUGAAGCUUCAGGCUGUUGUCUUUUACCCUGAAGUUAUAGCAACUGGUGCCUUUAGAAAGAACCGAUGGAAAUGUCUUGUGGUCACAUUUUUCAGAAACUAGAUCUUUUUUUCUAUGGACAUUUUGUUAGUAGAGAGAUUUUACUCUCAAGGUCACCAAGUGUUGAUCGUUCCUUUUAAAUUUUAGUAUCUUUCCCUAUUUUUUGUACUCA